AAAUAAGAAAAACAAGUGGAAUAGUCUGGACAAGUCAAGUCUGCCCCAUUUUUCCCUCGUCUCGACGAAGAAUUACAUAUUAAUAAAUCAUCAAAGCCCUUAAAUGUGGCUGAUAGCUAUGAUUUUUCAUCUUUAUGUGCGCAGCCAUGUCCUGUGUGCUGAAGCUUUUACCGUUUAUUUUGCUACUCUACCUCAACCAUGCAUCUGCUCAAGCUCAGGAUGGUUUCAUCUUUUAUGGGUUCGAUAACAAAUCCUUGGAGCUAAAUGGUAACGCAACAGUCGGAGACACUGGCUAUAUCCGACUGACUCACAGCGAUGGACCCUUCUACCAGAAGGGCCGCCUCUUCUACUCUCUCCCCCUCCAAAUCAAGAACUCCUCCAAUGGUAGCGUUUUCUCCUUCUCUACUACUUUUGUUGUUGCAUUCACUAAGAGCUCCCAAGCAACUGGCGAUGGAAUGGCUUUUGUCAUCUCCCCUACCAAAGAUCCUCCUGGAGCCAUGCCCAGUCAAUUUCUUGGUUUGUUCAAUAUCACCACCAACUUGAAUCCAAACAGUCAUAUUGUUGCCGUCGAGCUGGACACGAUCCAGACCCCAGAAUUCAGUGAUAUCGACAACAACCAUGUUGGAAUCGACUUUAAUGGCUUGAUCUCCAACGUAUCUGCUACAGCAGGAUAUUAUUCUGACGAUAAUGGGGGUGGGCUUACGAAAUUAUUGUUCCUGAGCGGAGAUCCACUGCAGUUAUGGGUAGAAUAUGACGGUGCCGAAACGCAACUUAAUGUUACAAUUGCUCCUGCCGUGGCGACCAUGACCAAACCCAAACGUCCUCUCUUGUCUUUGAAACAAGAUCUUUCAGAGUUUCUCUUGGAGGAGAUGUACGUGGGCUUCUCUGCAUCUUUCGGGGCUAUUCGAUCAGAUCAUGACGUAUUGGCUUGGAGCUUUAAGAUGAACGGACAGGCUGAAUCCCUUGAUCUGUCACGGCUGCCUACGCUACCAAGCGGCCCAGGGAAGAAGCCACCAGUUUUGCCGAUUUCGUUGCCCUUUGCUGGAGUUGUUGUUGGGUUAUUGCUCGCCUGGCUAAUCGUUUUCAUUGUGAGGAAGAUAAAGUACAAGGAAGUGCUCGAAGAUUGGGAGGUUCAGUAUGGACCUCACAGGUUCUCUUACAGGAAUCUCUUUCUUGCCACCAAUGGAUUCAAAGACAAAGAGUUUCUGGGGAGAGGCGGUUUUGGUCGGGUCUAUAAAGGGGUGCUGCCCAAAUCAAAGAUUCAAGUUGCAGUGAAGAGAAUUUCGCAUGAUUCAACCCAAGGAAUGAGAGAAUUCAUCGCUGAGAUCGCAACCAUCGGCAGGCUCCGCCACCCAAACUUGGUCCGACUACAGGGCUACUGCCGGCGUAAAGGCGAGCUCCUCUUGGUUUAUGAUUUCAUGUCCAACGGCAGCCUCGACAAAUUCAUUUUUGAUCAACCCAAGUUGACACUAAACUGGGAACAGAGGUUUAAGAUCAUCAAAGAUGUGGCUUCUGCACUCCUGUAUCUCCACGAACAGUGGGUGCAGGUUAUCAUCCACAGAGAUAUUAAGGCCAGCAAUGUGUUAUUAGACAGUGAAAUGAAUGGAAAGUUAGGAGAUUUUGGCCUUGCCAAGCUCAGCGAGCAAGGAGUCGAUCCUCAAACUUCCUAUCUGGCAGGCACUCCAGGCUAUAUUGCACCGGAGCUUGCCAGAACCGGCAAAUCUAGCACAAGCACCGACUUGUUUGCAUUUGGCACAUUUCUGCUCGAGGUGGCCUGCGGAAGAAGACCGGUGGAGCUGCAGGAAGAGCCGGAGAAAGUGUUCCUGGUGGACUGGGUGACGGACUGUUGGGCGAGGGGAGCCAUUCUGGGGACUGUGGAUCCGAAACUGGGGGAGGAAUUUGUGGCGGAGGAAGCCGAGUUAGUGCUGAAGCUUGGAUUGCUUUGCUCACACCCUUUGGCCGAGGCUAGGCCGACCAUGUCUGCCGUGGCACUGUAUUUGGAGGGUGAAGUUCGCCUGCCGGAGGAUUUCAGUGCAAAGUCUAUAGCGGAGGAGAACAAAGGACGGACCAAAGAAAGGGCUGAGUUAUUUGGUUCUCCUUUGUCGGAAAGGGAAACCAUCCCAAUGUUAACACUCACAGAGAAAUUCACCUCUAGCGGCCGUUGAUGACCUCUGGGCAUGUAUGGCCUAGCUGGUAGAUAAAUAGAACUGAGUUUUGCUUCAGAGCAUUUUCUGUAAUUAAUUUAGUUUGAUAUUUUCACUUUGUUUUGUGAAUUUGGAUGUUGAGAUUUAUGAUUAUAGAAUCACAGACACUGAUCUAUGGCUUCGAAGA